ACGAUCAAAUUCAAUAUAAUAUUGGAGUUAAAGUUUUGAAAUAUUUAAGGUUGAUGGCGAUUUCUUUAUUUAUUUUGGCGGGUGAACGCUUUGGAUUGGUUACACCUCCCCCAUAUUCUCUUCUACACUGCUUACAUGUUCCUCUAACAGAGAACACCAAACUUUCAAGGUUCUGAUUUUUUUUUUAAAACGAUCCUCUGGAUUUCAUCACAAUCAGCCUUGAUUUUAAACAGUCCUAUUAACAUCUACUUUGUAUCGGCUUACAACACCAACCUACCCGAACCACUAGAUAAUUGAUCCUUUUCCAAAGGAAUUACCAAUCGGCUGAGAAAACGCACAGACCACACUGACAAAAUUGGUUUAUCGCCGCUGCCGUUGAUGAUUGUCAGCCUUUCAGAAGCUGCAGCACCUAAUCGUAGCCCCACCUUGGACCCACUCUCUAAGGAAGUAUCCUCACUUUUGACUGUGGACUAAUUUCUGUUUAAACUUCUCAACUCUACAUCUUUCACAUCCAAUACAGCUUCGAGCACCUUAAUUUCCGACUCGUGUUGUGACACUACCACCUCUCUUCACAUCACGAUACGACUGGAUCAGCAAUCGUGAUCCCACGUUCCCCUCUAAAUCAUUCGACGAGCCCAGAGAAAGUUGUAUUGGAACCCCGGUCAGAUUAUUUUUCAGUCAAAUAUCAAUUUAGCUUGUCGCGUCGCAGUCGCGUAAAGCGCCUGCCCCAACGCAUUUACAAUCAUGGCGCCUCGUGGAAGGGUCGGCGCCGUCGACACAGACGCGUCCAUGUCGGAUGCGCAAGAGCCUUCGAAUGCUCAUCACGACGAAAUGGAUGUAGAUGAUACCCCGGACCAUACCGAUACCGACACAAACCCCAACACCACGGCCAGCAGUGUUGCUGGUGAUCAGAUUGGCGAUGGACGCAAAAAGCGUUCCGAAGCCAACCAAUUACGUCGAAGCAUCUUCGGCAAAAAGCAUGAUUUGCUAGGCGAGUCUAAGGAGGACGACAGCAUUCGACGAUUCCGUUACCUACUAGGUUUAACCGACCUUUUCCGUCACUUCAUCGAGACCAACCCCAACCCAAAAAUCCGCGAGAUUAUGCACGAGAUUGACCGUCAAAAUGAACAGGGCGUGAAAUCAAAGAAGAAGGGCGUUCGGCAGGGUGGUGCGGAAACGGGUAGAGCUCGCCGUACAGAAGCCGAAGAAGAUGAAGAAUUGCUCAAGGAUGAGAGGCAAGGAGGUUCCGCUGACACAGUGUUCCGCGAGUCGCCCCCGUUUAUUCACGGUACAAUGAGAGAUUACCAGAUCGCGGGAUUGAAUUGGCUCAUUUCUCUGCACGAGAAUGGAAUUUCUGGCAUUCUCGCAGAUGAAAUGGGAUUGGGAAAGACACUACAAACUAUUUCUUUUCUCGGAUACCUGCGACACAUAAUGGAUACCAAGGGUCCCCAUUUGAUUAUCGUGCCCAAGUCUACCCUUGACAAUUGGAAGCGAGAAUUCGCCAAAUGGACACCGGAAGUUGACGUUCUCGUCCUACAAGGCGCGAAAGAAGAACGACAUGCGCUGAUAAAUGAUCGUUUAGUCGACGAGAAAUUUGACGUUUGCAUCACCAGUUAUGAGAUGAUCCUCCGAGAAAAGUCACAUCUGAAAAAAUUUGCUUGGGAGUAUAUCAUUAUUGACGAAGCGCACCGCAUCAAGAAUGAAGAAUCCUCCCUGUCACAAGUCAUUCGCUUAUUUAAUUCGAGAAACCGACUCCUUAUAACAGGAACGCCCCUACAAAACAACCUCCACGAAUUGUGGGCUCUCUUGAACUUCUUGUUGCCCGAUGUAUUUGGCGAUAGCGAGGCUUUCGAUCAAUGGUUUUCGGGCCAGGACGCCGAUUCAGAUGUUGUUGUCCAACAACUCCACCGGGUUCUCCGACCGUUCCUCCUACGCCGAGUCAAGGCCGAUGUCGAGAAGAGCUUGUUGCCAAAAAAGGAGGUCAAUCUCUAUCUUGGCAUGUCGGAAAUGCAGGUUAAAUGGUACCAGAAGAUCCUGGAGAAGGACAUUGACGCUGUUAAUGGUGCCGGUGGCAAACGAGAAUCGAAGACACGACUGUUGAACAUUGUCAUGCAACUAAGAAAGUGUUGCAACCACCCGUAUCUUUUCGAGGGAGCUGAACCAGGCCCUCCUUACACGACCGACGAACACUUGGUUUACAAUUCGGGAAAGAUGGCUCUACUGGACAGACUCCUCCGAAGGCUGCAAAAGCAGGGUAGUCGUGUUCUGAUUUUCUCUCAGAUGAGUCGUCUUCUAGACAUCCUAGAGGAUUAUUGUGUGUUCCGCGAUUACAAAUACUGCCGUAUCGAUGGAGGUACUGCUCAUGAAGACCGAAUUGCGGCGAUCGAUGAAUACAACAAACCAGAUUCAGAGAAAUUUGUUUUCCUCCUAACGACCCGAGCUGGUGGCCUGGGCAUUAACUUGACUAGCGCGGAUAUCGUUAUUCUCUACGAUAGCGAUUGGAACCCUCAAGCGGAUCUACAAGCCAUGGAUCGUGCCCACAGAAUCGGUCAGACUAAGCAAGUAGUCGUCUACAGAUUUGUCACCGAGAAUGCUAUUGAGGAGAAAGUCCUCGAGCGAGCAGCACAGAAGCUUCGUCUUGACCAAUUGGUUAUACAGCAAGGACGUGCUCAUCCUGGAGCUAAGGGACCGGCAGCAAAGGAUGAGCUCCUUGACAUGAUCCAACACGGUGCAGAGAAGGUGUUUUCGACAAAGGGGGCUACGGGUAUGGCAGCUAAGGGUACGGAAUUGAACGAUGAUGAUAUCGACGAGAUCUUAUCCAAGGGCGAGAACAGGACCAAGGAACUCAACGCCAAAUAUGAGAAGCUCGGAAUCGAUGACCUACAAAAGUUUUCUUCAGAGUCCGCCUACGAAUGGAAUGGUGAGGUAUUCGGAAAAAAGAAGGACGUUGCAAUGACUUGGAUCAAUCCCGCAAAGCGAGAGCGAAAAGAGCAAUCGUAUUCUGUCGACAAGUUCUACAGGCAGGCUAUCUAUGGUACCACCAAAGCGGAACCGAAGCCGAAAGCACCCCGGGCGCCUAAGCAGAUCGCAGUUCACGAUUACCAAUUCUAUCCCUCGCGACUUCGCGAUCUUCAGGAACGAGAAACUGCAUUCUACCGAAAAGAGAUUGGCUAUAAGGUUCCGAUACCCGAUGGAGACGAGGAGAACUUAGAGGAGAGGGAAGCCCAACGGGCCGCCGAACAGGAAGAAAUUGAUAAUGCUACUGCACUCACCGAAGAAGAACAGGAGGAAAAGCAGAAGCUAUCCCUUCAAGGCUUUGGCGAUUGGAAUAAACGAGAUUUCCAACAGUUUGUCAACGGAUCAGGUCGCUACGGACGCCAAGACUACGAGAGGAUUGCGGACGAAGUUGACAGCAAGACUCCUGCAGAAGUCAAAGCAUACGCUAGGGUGUUUUGGCAGCGCUACAGUGAAAUCGCCGACUACACCAAAUAUCUGCAAGUGAUUGAGACAGGUGAAGAGCGGAUGCGCAAGACCGAGCACCAGCGAAAGAUGUUGCGAAAGAAGAUGCAACAAUACCGAGUCCCUCUCCAGCAGAUGAAGAUCAAUUACUCCGUAUCUACAACCAACAAGAAGGUUUACACUGAAGAAGAGGAUAGAUUCCUUUUGGUGAUGCUAGAUCGGUUUGGAAUCGAUUCUGAAGGUAUCUACGAACGCAUCCGCGAUGAAAUUCGGGAAAGCCCUCUUUUCCGAUUCGAUUGGUUUUUCCUUAGUAGGACGCCAAUCGAGCUUAGUCGCCGUUGCACCACGCUCCUCACUACAGUCGUAAAGGAAUUUGAAGACUCGCAGCCGACAAAGGCGAAUGGAGUAAAUGGCAAGAGCAAGAGAGAACCCGACGACGAGGAGAAUGACGAGGACAGCAUUCUUGGAAUGGCGCCGGCAAAGAAGAAGUCCAAGACAGCGGUCAAGAACAAGGCGUUGGACAAUGUCAAGGGUGGUGGCAGCAAGACUACAUCUGUCACACCCUCUUCUCGAGCGUCCAGUGUGGCCUCUACGAACUCGGCGCCCGCACCUAAGUCGAAAGCCAAGGGCAAAAAGAAAUAAGCACUUACCCAUUUGAUAGAGGAGUACAAGUGGGUGUUGUCGGGUUUUAGAUGGUUCAGUUCAGUUCUAUUUGGCGCUCUCUGAAAAGCGGCUUCCACCCACAGGAAUUUUCGGACCCGGAAUGGUAAAGGAAGAAUGAGGCGUUUUGGUUGGCUUUUUACCAGGCGACAAAGUCCAUGAAAUAAGCAGGUCUCACAAUGUAUGGUGGACAAAAAGUCCCUUAAGAGUAGACAGUUGUGAGAACUGAACAUGAUCGAUAGAUGCCUACAUGAUCUUCUAAA